AUUUUUUGAAUUUUUCCAAUUUCCUUUCGAUUACCGUUUUUUUUAAAAAAAACAAUGGAAACAAAUGAAAAUGUUGUAACAAAAGAUUACUCUGCAUCCUCAGAUCAAAAUGAGAUAAAAAUGAACGUAUAUGAUAAUAAUAAAUUAGUUGAAAAACAAGCAAAAGAAUUUGAAGAAUUGUGUUUAAAUAAGUUUAAAGUAGAAAAUGUUUCUUUUGAAAUUGAAAAAAUCUAUAAGAGAUAUAAUGAAAAGAUUAAUUCUCAAUCAAAAUUAAUUGAUGCUUUAAGGGCACGUAUUGAAGAAUUAGAAAUUGAUUCUCUUAUUAAAAAUCAAGAAAUUAAAAAAAUUCAAGAGGAAUUUAAUUUCAUUAAAAAAGAAAUCCAAUCAACUCUAGCUGCACCGACGCGAGAUAAUAAAGAAAAUGUUUCUUCAAUUAAGGAUGAAACCAUCAAAGAUUUGGGGAUAUUAGAAUCAAAUUAUAAUAGUAUUGGUCAUUAUGAAAAGAAAACUUCAUCUAAUUGUACUAUAGAAAAAGAACAACGAAAAUCAAGUACAUUUGAUAUUUAUGAUAUUUAUGGAAAAAUUCAAAAUGAGGAUAAUUCCCGAGUUGUUGCUUCAUCUAAUUAUAAGCUCCCUCUUAUUUCUAUGAUGAUGAAUCUAGAAGUUGCUUUAAAAAUACGCUAAUUAUCCGUUAAUAAGGAAUGAUUUCAUUCUGUAAUAUUUAAUUAUGAUAUUAAUAUAAUAAAUAUAAUUGAUUCUCAUUUUUUUUAAUUUUAAUUUCUUCUUUAGAUGUUUUAUUAAUAUUAGUAGAGGAUUAUUGAUGCAGUAUUUAUAUUUUUAUAUAAUUAUAGGUUCGAUAAUUUAUCCAUUACUUUCUCAUUUUAACAUUACAAUUUCUUUUGAUUUUUUACCGGUAUUAUAAAAUUUUAUUAUUCAGUACUAUACUGUUCACGAUUAGUAUUAUAUAAACUUUUUAUUAUCUGACCAUUUAUUAUAGUGUGUAAGCGAGUAGGUGUAUCAAUAGCUGUGGUACCAAAAUCCUCAUAUACCAUAUUUGGUCAUGAGCAUAUAUUUUUUCACAAUUAGAUCUUUUCCUGUUGCAUAUAUUUUAAUUCCAUAAUAUUUGUUCUGUAUAAUAUUAAUAGCAAA